AUGACUGAAGGUUGCCAGAAUCUACGCAAAAGACCAAGAUCUGUUAUGCAAGAGUCAUUUCCAAGCACCAGCAAGUUCAGAACUCAAUUGGAAAUGCAGAAGUUUUCUUACCCUUUUGGAAUAAAUACACUUGAAGGAAUCGAAGAAAUCUUUGAAAAAACUGGAAUAUGGCUCAUGGUAUUCAGUUCAGAUAUUUGUGUCAAUGAUAACAAAACUGGAGAAUUCGCAGAAACUUACUUUCAAUCGUCACAGUGUUUGUGGUAUGAUAUAAUAGAUUAUGCUCUGCUGCCAAUUGCAAAAAAAGAAAAGAUACCACCCAAGCAAUUCAAAAGUUCUAAGAAGGAAGUAAUAAAACUUCCAACAGGCAAGGAACAGCUCGAUAAAUAUACAAUCGUUGUCUUAUUGCGAUUGAAAAAGAAGGCAUCAAAUGAAAAAAGAAGGACUUAUGUGCUCAAUUUUUGUUCUAAAAAAGAUCCACAGCAAUCAAUUGCAAUACUUUCUAAAUAUUGGGGUAAAUCUCAUGGUGAAUUCUUAUUUCUUCAUAAAAUGAACUCAGCAAAAUUUCUUCCAAAACAACUUGAAUAUAAUAGUCAUCUUGUUAUAAAUCGUCUUGGUGAAUUUUACCUUUGUAUACCUGAGCCACUUAAAAUACGGGCUGAGAACCAAGGUCCUUUAUUGUCAGAAAAUCAAGAAAAG